CCCCCCCCCCCACCCCCCCCCCCCCCCACCCCCCCCCCCCCCCACCCCCCCCCCCCCCCACCCCCCCCCCCCCCCACCCCCCCCCCCCCCCACCCCCCCCCCCCCCCACCCCCCCCCCCCCCCACCCCCCCCCCCCCCCACCCCCCCCCCCCCCCACCCCCCCCCCCCCCCACCCCCCCCCCCCCCCACCCCCCCCCCCCCCCACCCCCCCCCCCCCCCACCCCCCCCCCCCCCCACCCCCCCCCCCCCCCACCCCCCCCCCCCCCCACCCCCCCCCCCCCCCACCCCCCCCCCCCCCCACCCCCCCCCCCCCCCACCCCCCCCCCCCCCCACCCCCCCCCCCCCCCACCCCCCCCCCCCCCCACCCCCCCCCCCCCCCACCCCCCCCCCCCCCCACCCCCCCCCCCCCCCACCCCCCCCCCCCCCCACCCCCCCCCCCCCCCACCCCCCCCCCCCCCCACCCCCCCCCCCCCCCACCCCCCCCCCCCCCCACCCCCCCCCCCCCCCACCCCCCCCCCCCCCCACCCCCCCCCCCCCCCACCCCCCCCCCCCCCCACCCCCCCCCCCCCCCACCCCCCCCCCCCCCCACCCCCCCCCCCCCCCACCCCCCCCCCCCCCCACCCCCCCCCCCCCCCACCCCCCCCCCCCCCCACCCCCCCCCCCCCCCACCCCCCCCCCCCCCCACCCCCCCCCCCCCCCACCCCCCCCCCCCCCCACCCCCCCCCCCCCCCACCCCCCCCCCCCCCCACCCCCCCCCCCCCCCACCCCCCCCCCCCCCCACCCCCCCCCCCCCCCACCCCCCCCCCCCCCCACCCCCCCCCCCCCCCACCCCCCCCCCCCCCCACCCCCCCCCCCCCCCACCCCCCCCCCCCCCCACCCCCCCCCCCCCCCACCCCCCCCCCCCCCCACCCCCCCCCCCCCCCACCCCCCCCCCCCCCCACCCCCCCCCCCCCCCACCCCCCCCCCCCCCCACCCCCCCCCCCCCCCACCCCCCCCCCCCCCCACCCCCCCCCCCCCCCACCCCCCCCCCCCCCCACCCCCCCCCCCCCCCACCCCCCCCCCCCCCCACCCCCCCCCCCCCCCACCCCCCCCCCCCCCCACCCCCCCCCCCCCCCACCCCCCCCCCCCCCCACCCCCCCCCCCCCCCACCCCCCCCCCCCCCCACCCCCCCCCCCCCCCACCCCCCCCCCCCCCCACCCCCCCCCCCCCCCACCCCCCCCCCCCCCCACCCCCCCCCCCCCCCACCCCCCCCCCCCCCCACCCCCCCCCCCCCCCACCCCCCCCCCCCCCCACCCCCCCCCCCCCCCACCCCCCCCCCCCCCCACCCCCCCCCCCCCCCACCCCCCCCCCCCCCCACCCCCCCCCCCCCCCACCCCCCCCCCCCCCCACCCCCCCCCCCCCCCACCCCCCCCCCCCCCCACCCCCCCCCCCCCCCACCCCCCCCCCCCCCCACCCCCCCCCCCCCCCCCCCCCCCCCCCCCCCACCCCCCCCCCCCCCCACCC